AUGAGAUCGGUUCACAUUGAGUCUGUAUUUGGCUAUGACACCAGCUCAUUUUUGAUGCCCCUCAGUAGAUUUGCAAGUAUAAGAGGUUGGCCACAGACCAUCUACAGUGAUCAAAGCUCACAACUGAUCGGAGCAGAGCGAGAGUUAACAGAAGCAUGGCAGAAGAUUGAUUCAGACACUAUACAACGGAGAAGCACAGAGAAAGGUACUACUUGGGUGUUUGGACCAGCGGAUAGUCCGUGGUAUCAAGGUGCUGUGGAGUCCCUCGUGAAGAAUGCAAAGCGUGCUAUACACUUUACUGUACACAAUCAACGACUAUCAACGCCAGAAUUUCAGACGCUGUGCAACGAAGUAGCUAACCUUCUGAAUGAGCGACCUAUAGGAUCUCUUGUUAGUACAGACUCUGAAUUGAACAUCUUGACACCGAACAGCCUAUUACUUGGACGCGCAACAGCAGUCAACCCUCGUGGAUGGCAACCACAAGGAACAUCACUUAAUACUCGAUAUCGCAUUGUUCAAGCUUUAACUGACGAGKUUWGGAAGAAAUGGACUGAGCUUUACGCCCCURCAUUGGUAGUACAGAAGAAAUGGAGUACAGCUCACCGUAACCUACAAACAGGAGAUGUYGUUAUAAUUGCUGACAAGAACACACUGCGUGGAGAAUACCGACUUGGAGAGCUGAAAGAUGUCUUCCCAAGUGCAGACGGUAAGGUGCGUCAGAUUACGCUUCGAUACAAAUCCUACAGAGUAGGAGAGAAACUCCAAGAAUACAGUGGAGCAAGAGACAUCGUUGUAUCCAGGAGUGUUCAUCGAUUGGCGUUGUUGAUUCCUGUUGAUUUAUAUCCUGAUCAAUCUGAAGAGGAGAUGAAGAAGAAUCUGAAAGAACUUUAA